AGAAUGAAACUCCCCUUUUACCUAGUGAUUUUCAUUCUCUUUCAAUUCCUCUUUCAAUGCUCAAAUGGCUCCAAUAUUAUCCAUCAGUCUUGCAAGGAGGCCUCCAAGAAUGACCCAAAUUUGAGCUAUGAUUUCUGUGUUGCAUCCCUUGAUGAGGCUGCUUCCAAGAACAAACCACCCACUAGCCUCGAAGCUCUUGUGGGCAUGUCAAUUCAGCUAACCAAGUCAAACGGAACCAACAUCAUUUCAUUCAUUUCAAAGCUCUUGAAGAACCAAACUUUUGAUCAAUAUGCAAAGGCUUGCCUACAAGAUUGCUUUGAUCUUUACAAGGAUUCACUUUCAAGUCUAGAAGAUGCUAUGGUUGCUUUCAAGUGCAAGGAUUUGGACACAGCUGGUAUAAAAGUGAGUGCUGCCUUGGAUGACUCUGUUACCUGUGAAGAUCAGUUCAAGGAUAAGAAAGGUGAAAUAUCUCCUUUAACAAUGGAGAACCAUGUUUACUUCGAACUUAAUGUAAUAUCUCUGGCUUUCAUUCAAAUGUUUCGCCAACACUAUUGA